AUGCAAAAAAGAAAAAGAACUGACGAUCAUCCUACGCAACCGAAUCCUAUUACUAUUAGACCAGAUGUGUUGAGUGAUCAAGCCAGAUCCCUGUUGAGCGAAGAAUUUAAUCGACAUAAUCUACGUAUUAGAGAAAUCUGCCAAGAGGCCAAUAUAACAAUAGAUGAUGUUAUGAAGUAUUUAGGCAACCCGCGAAGUCUCACAUUUGCACAGCAACCACAGCAACCACAGCAACCUCAACAAAUCCAGCCAAUUCAACAAUCGUACUCACAUCAUCAACACUAUCCAAACCAUCUCCUUGACUUUGCCAUUAACGAUAGACGCAAAAUAGAAUCGAUAGAUUUCAUCGAGAAGCCACAUGUGCGCACUCGGUUUGUAAUGAAAUCAAUGGCGGAAAUCCGAGAAAAGUUUAAAAAUCUCAAGGAUCGAGCAGGCUACGAAUCUGUGUGCAUUAUUGUCCCGAAUCGAAAUAUGAUUGAUGUAUCUCAUCAAUUGUUUGGUUCUUUGACUGGGGAAAAGUUUGCUCGAAAAUCGCCACUUUUGCAAUCAAUCCCAAAUGAUUUUCAUGUGUUUGCGCAGAAUGAUUAUUUAGAAUCUAUUGGACGUAUUAUCCCAGAAAGUUCAAUACAUAAUCCAAUUGUCUCGACUAGUCCAUUGACUCCAAUCACGCCCUUUUUAACAGCUUUGCAAUCAUCGGGUCCUAUUGUUACUACAACUCAACAACAAAAUGUCACUACGACUUCAUCGUCCUCUGCUUCUGCUUCUGCUUCAACUUCAACAGAAACACCUAAUCCCACAAUGGUAGCUGAACCAUUGCAGACAUCAGCAUCAUCCGAACCUCUACCACAUUUGGAAAACUUUUCUUCGAACACAACAAAGAAAAUUAUCCAAGCAAUUUUGGGCACUACAAGUCGCAACAUUAAUGCGUCUGCAUUAGCGAAAAGAAAUGUUGCGGUGAUGGGAUGGCCUAGUGAUAUUCCUUUCACUACCGAUAUUGGUCCGCUUUCGGUAACGGAGAAAAAGCGUCUUUGGGAGUGCAUGAGUGGCAUAACAUUCUAUAAAAUCUCAAAAGGCAAUGCUGCUGUCAAUGAAUAUGUUGAAAAUGAUGAAGACCCUAAUAAUAACAAUAACAUUGAUGUCGAGAGUGAUGAUGACGCUAGUACUUUGGAGUCAGAUACUAUAGUGGACUAG